AUGGAUUGCAGUGCUUCCAGAGUGUAUGAAGGAUUACAUCUUGUAUCUAUUGCAUGCAAUAUGCAAUCAGGCCAAGCAGUACUCUCGCCAAUCCUGUCAGGAGAUUUUAAUUUGACCUUACUUUGCUCUACUCCGAUCAUAAAAUACUUCUCUUGGUUGUUGAAAACUGUUGAGGAAUGGAAUAAUAAGGACGUAAAAUUGUACUAUCAAUGUGCCAGAUAUUAUUUAGAAAAUGACAAUCAUUACCUUGUAGUCAAGAAAGAGGAAUCUCACAUCGGUUUACAAUAUUGCUAUCAGAAAAUAAAUGAGCCCAAGACAAGUCAAUUGAUUAAGGAUAAAGUUAAAAAUUCUAUAUUUGUCAAACGGCCACACGAAAUUGUCAAGAAUAAACUCAUCUCCACUGUCAAUGAAAGGAUGGUCAAGUUUAAAGGGGCUGAUUGUCGAUAUUUCGUCAAAUGUAGUGAAUGUAAUACACAAACAAGUAUAACCGAAGAAUACAAGGAAGGAGAUCAAAAUUGCAUUCAAUGUAAGCAUUGUAAUAUGUACUUUGAGAGUCGAUCUUUGAACGAUUGGAUGAUUUAUAAUGAAAAUUUCUGGAUAGACCGAUGGAAAGAUACCAAAGAUAAAGAGCAAUUACUAAAAACCCAAUUACCUCAAUUACCCAAAGCGUCCUCAGGAUCAAUGACUCAAGAACAUCGUGAAAUCCUAACAGCCAAUCGAAUGUUACUUGCUCAAAAAUGUCAGGAUCAAAUCUCACCAAUAUGUGAAUAUUUACUUGGAGCGAGUAUAUUAACAUCAUUCCACAAACAAACAAUCGAAUCUAAAUUGACGGCUUCUGAAAAAGUUUGGACUUUAUUGGAUAUUCUGCUUGAGCGUGGCGAUAGAGCCUUUGAUGAGUUUUGCAAAGCUUUAACAUAUUGUGAAAUAACGGUGGAAAACGUCAAUAGUGGUCUUGGGUCUAUUUUGCAAGAAUCUGAGAUUAGUCGAAAGGAAGGAACAGCAAUGUAA